GUCUGUUCCCCUUCUCUCUCUGUCUCACCCUAUCUUAUUCCUAUCUACUCCUCUCUCCAGACCACAAACUUACCAGGAUGGACGCUCAGUUCAUGCAGAAUUUGCACCAGCUCCUCGAGGCCUCUCUUGUCACAGAUACAAACGUCGUCAAGCGGGCAACAGCUCAGCUCAAUACCCAGUUCUACAAGAAAGCUCAUUGCAUCCCUGCCCUCUACGAAAUUUCCGCCACUAGUCAGAACCAGGGCGUCAGACAACUAGCCGCUGUCGAACUGAGAAAACGUAUAUCCGCCGGCGACGGCAAGUUAUGGAAGAAGAUAAAUCCCACUCUGCGCAACCAGAUAAAAGAGAGCUUGCUGGCGCGUCUCACUCAAGAACCCACGUCCAUCGUCCGACAUGCUUUGGCAAGAGCAGUAUCUGCCAUUGCAGAUCUCGAACUCACCGUCAAGCCCGUGCAAUGGCCCGGGCUUUUACCCAGUCUUUACCAAGCUGCUCAAUCCCCAGAUCGCAUGCACCGUGAAACCGCCAUCUAUGUCCUUUUCUCCCUCCUUGACACUAUCGUCGACUCUUUCGAACCUCACCUCAAAGACUUGUUUAGUCUAUUUGCGAAGACCCUUCUUGAUCCCGAAUCCAACGAGGUACGCAUCACAACCCUCCGUUCACUUGCCAAAUUGGCAGAAUACCUGAGCUCGGAUGACACACAUGACAUCAAAGCUUUCCAGGAUCUUAUACCCGCCAUGAUCAGUGUACUUCAACAGGCCAUCAGAGAGAAUGAUGAUGAAGGUGUGAAACAUGGAUACGACGUCUUUGAGACGCUAUUGAUCCUCGAUACCCCUCUGGUCGCUAGGCACGUGCCUGAACUUGUCCAGUUCUUCUUGCAGGUGGGGUCAGACAAGAGUGUCGAUGGCGAGAUCCGAUGCGGUGCGCUCAACACCUUGUCUUGGAUUAUUAGAUACAAGAAAAGCAAGGUCCAAGCGCUUCAGCUGGGCAAACCAAUCAUUGAGGGUUUGCUACCUAUAGGCUGCGAGGAAGAGCCAGAAGAUGCAGACGAAGAUUCUCCCUCACGACUCGCCUUCCGGAACCUUGACGUUCUUGCACAGGCGUUGCCUCCAGGACAAGUCUUCCCCGUCCUCUCCCAACAGCUGGAGCUUUACAUGUCCUCCAGCGAUCCGAGCAUGCGCAAAUCGGCCCUGAUGGCAUUUGGUGUUUCUGUCGAAGGCUGCAGCGAGUUUAUCCGCCCACAUGUGGACCAACUAUGGCCAUUGAUCGAGGGUGGAUUACAAGACCCCGAGAUCAUCGUCAGAAAAGCUGCUUGUAUCGCCCUCGGCUGUUUAUGUGAAUGGCUAUCUGAGGAAUGUGCCACUCGACAUGCCAUUAUCGUUCCCAUCCUAUUCAACCUCAUCGUCGACCCGUCAACUCAGAAAAACGCUUGCACUUGUCUCGACUCGUACUUGGAAAUCCUCGGAGACGACAUUGUUCAUUACUUGACUUUGCUCAUGGAACGUCUCCUCGUCUUACUGGAGAACGGAAACAUCCCCGUGAAGAUUACAGUCACCGGAGCUAUCGGUUCAGCUGCUCAUGCGGCAAAGGACAAAUUCCGGCCAUACUUUGACCAAACCAUCCAACGCCUUGUCCCGUUCAUUGCCUUGCAAGCAGAGAACGAUCAGAGUGACCUGCGUGGAGUCGCCACCGACACUAUUGGCACCAUUGCCGACGCUGUGGGCUCUGACAUGUUCCGCCCGUACUUCCAAAGCAUGAUGAAAGCGGCUUUUGAAGCGUUGACGAUGGACAACAAUCGUCUUCGAGAGAGCAGUUUCAUAUUCUUCAGCGUCAUGGCCAAAGUGUUUGAAGGAGAGUUUGCCCCAUACCUUCCUCAAUGUGUGCCUGCUCUCAUUGCGAGCUGUCAGCAGGGAGAGGCCGUGGACGAGGUCAUUGACGAUGGCUCUGGGAACGCCGCCAAUCCUCAGGCUGUUGCAGAGGCAUUCAGUACUGGCGCUGGAUCUUCUAAAGGGUCAAAAACCAGUGUGAACAUCGCCGCUGAGGACGGAGACGACGAUGACACCGACCUUGAGGAUUUAGACAACAUGUUCAGUAACGUCAACUCCGCCGUGGCGAUAGAGAAGGAAGUUGCGGCAGACACGAUCGGCGAGUUAUUCGCCGCUACCAAAGAGGCGUUCAUCCCCUAUGUGCGUGAGACCAUGCAAGUCCUCCUCGAACUCCUGGAGCAUUACUAUGAAGGAAUUCGAAAAGCUUCCAUCGGAUCGCUCUUUGCGUUCAUCAAGACGACAUACGAACUCUCUCAUCCUGACGAGUGGAUCCCGGGAGGAGUUGUAAAGGUGUCUUUUCAUCAUGACGUGAAACAGAUUGUGGACGCCAUAUUGCCUCCCAUCUUCGAGAUUUGGAAGACUGAAGACGACCAAUCCGUCGUCAUCCUUCUCUGCUCUGAGCUAGCGGACACUAUGAGCACUUGCGGACCUGCCCUCGUCGAAGGCCAUCUCGAUGAAGUGGCGACCUUUGCUAUUGAGAUCCUCGAGAAAAAGUCUUUAUGUCAACAAGAUCCUGAUCAGGAUGACCCGGACGCGGUCGAUGCCGAUUCUUCAGAAUACGAGGCUGCCCUGGCCUCUAAUGCGGCCGAUAUAUUCGGGGCGAUGGCUUUGGUUCUAGGGCCUGACUUUUCUCAAGCGUUCGGUUCCGUCUUACCUCUAAUCGCGAAGUAUGCUGAGCCUCAACGGACGAGUACCGAGCGGUCUAUGGCUGUCGGUUGUUUCGGUGAGAUAAUCGUCAACCUGAAGGAAGGUGUCACGCAAUUUACUCAGCCUCUCCUCGAAAUCAUCUCCCGAGCAUUGCACGACGAAGAUCCCGACGUCCGUUCCAACGCCGCCUUCGCUGCCGGUGUCUUGAUCGAGAACUCGUCGACUGACUUGUCUUCUCAAUACCUACCACUCCUUCAAACUCUUCAACCAUUCUUCACACCUCCCGAACACUCCACACCCAGUGUCUACAAUGCGAAAGACAACGCAUGUGGUGCUGUAGCACGUAUGAUUACGAAAAACUCUUCCGCCCUCCCAUUAGAUCAAGUGAUGCCCGUCAUGGUAUCCGUCUUACCUCUGGUGUCUGAUACUCAGGAAAACCGAGCGGUCUACGCUGCCAUCUUUCACGUAUUCAGAAAUCAACCUCAACUGCUCAUGCCUCACAUUGAUCAUUUGUUACAAGCGUUUGCAUAUGUGUUGUUGGAUCCUAGUCACGAGGACGAUACGACGGAUGAGACAAAGGCCGAGUUACGAGCUUUGGUGGAACAUCUAAAAACGCAGGUACCGGAGAAAGUGGCAGCGGCUGGGUUCCGAUGAAAAGGUGAUUGAUAACGAUUUAGAAUAAUCUGAUGGAUGAGAUGGUGCGGGAUCAUUGUGGGAUGUAGGGUCGAUAUUCCUGAAUGAGAUGACUGCUUUUUGACGAUGCAACGAUGUGUAUGCAGAGU